GAGGUAGGAAAAGCUGUUGAAGGUGUUGCAAAAAGUAGCUGCCAGGAUUGUUUGGUAACAGAAAAACAAGAAGCCCUGCAAAAUGGUGUUCAGGUUGAUGAUAAUAAUCUGGUGCCUAUUUCAUGUUCCUAUGACAUGGGCUGGCAGAAACGUGGCAAGGGGCAUAACUCUCGCACUGGUCAAGGAGCAGUUAUGGGGUUAUCUUCUGGUAAAGUGCUGGACUAUACAACAAGGACAAAAAGUUGUAGAUUUUGUGACAGCGCCAAGGCCAUGGGAAAAGAACCCAAAGCUCAUGACUGCCGAAAAAAUCAUGAGGCUUCAUCGAAAGCAAUGGAGCCCGCUGCAGCAGUUGAACUGUUUAACAGAGCUCCAGACCAAAGUGUUAAGUUUUCAGUUUACACAAGUGAUGAUGACUCCACAACAGAGGCACACAUACGAGAAAAAGUAACCUAUGGGGUUGAAAAAAACAGUGACAUUAUACAUAUGAAAAGAUCCCUCACAACACGUUUAUACAACCUUAGUCAAAAUGAAAAAUUUGACAAUUGUUCCCCUUUAUCUCAAUAAGUGAUAAAUUAUUUAGUAAAAUGUUUAUCAUAUGCUACUGCUCAAAACAAAGGAGAUUCAAAAGGGAUCCAGGCUGCGAUUAAGUCAAUUGUUCCCCACGCCUUUGGGGAUCACUCCAACUGUGAAACUAGCUGGUGUAAAUUUAAGAGCAACCCAGGAACCUACAAGCACAAAGAGCUGCCAUAUGGAAAAUACCUGCAAGGAAAAAAAUUGGAAUUAGAACUAAAUAACAUCUUCAAUGACUACUCUACUGAUGCUGUGGCAGAGAAGCUUGCACCUUUGACAAAUUCCCAGCGAAAUGAGGCGCUUAACAGUGUAAUUGGAUCGAAGAAUCCAAAAAUCAGAUUCUAUGGUGGAAGUGAGAGCAAUGAUUUUCGUGUGGCCUGUGGAGUCGCUCAGACAAAUUUAAGAUAUACCUAUAUCAGCAAUACACUUGAGGCACUCAAUAUUGAGCCUGGCAAUUUCUGUGAAAUGUAUGGAGAAAAAAUGACUAAUCAUGUUCAAAAAGAUAAACUCAGAAAAUCUUCUUUGGCUUAUAAACGGGGAAGAGCCAAUGCCCGCAGGCAAAACAGUGCACAAACUGCUAAAAAAGAAGCAAAAGAAGGAAAAACAUAUGAAACCGGAAUUGGACCGAACCUAGAUCUGAGCAUCUUGCCCUCAAGAACCAUGAAAGAAAUUGAGACCAUUGUUUCACCAUACACUCCACGACCACUGGCAACUUACACUUUACCUGUACAUGACAUUGAUCAUUUCGCGUCAAAAGUAAACAAACUUAAAAUAGUCAAGGUAAUUGGUGAAAGGAAACUUUACAAAGACAACAAAGAAGUAAGUACACUACCGUUGAAGGAAGCAAUGUCACAGUUUCUUGGCUUUGUUUCACGGUCAGUAGAAAGAGCCAAGUCACGCACAAACAAGAAUGUCGUAACGGUGCUCCUAGGUCACAAUUCUCUCACAUUUGACGUUCCAGUCCUGUUAAGAAAUUCUGAGAGCGACUUUAAAGAAAGAUUACAGGCAAUGGACGUUUUCUUUGCCGAUUCUCUCACGUUGUUUAAAACACUUGUCAGAGAAAAAGUUUCCUUCUUGCGAAAUCCUGAUGGAACCUUCUCAAAGACGAACCAAUCAUCAGUGUAUUCUUUCCUGUUCCAAAAGUCCUUCAACGCACACGAUGCUUUAGAAGAUGUUUUAGCACUACGAAAAAUACUUUUUGAGUCACGGAUAGACCUUUCGGAGAAAACUGUGGUCGAGAACUCGGGUGUUGUAAGUGCAAGCCACGCAGCUGAGGACGUGAUUUAUUUGGAUCGCCGCCAUAUUCUAAUGCAGACUUUUAAAGGAAAUCUUCAUCAUCCGCAAUACCUCAAGAAGAACAUGAUUGAAAAAAUAUCCGGAAGUGGGCUGGCAUUUCAAGAUCUCCAAAGAGUGUACAGCAGGUUUGGAAAAGAAGGGCUUAUUGCGACACUUUCACAACCACCUUCUUCAUCGCCAUUGCAAUCACCACGAGUGACCACCACCGCUCGAAUUUUGGCAACAAUAGUCAAGUACUUUGAAGAACAUAACUAG